CCGUCACCUCCACCGUCUCACGGUUGCCAUCACGCGCCGCGUCCACCGCGGCCGUGCCCAUCCCCUUUCCAUUGGGGGCGCGGCUCCACAGGCCCCUUCUGCACCAAGUCUCCCUCCUCGUUCUCCUCCUCCGCUUGCUCCUCUCCGCCUGUGCACGGGACCCAGAAUAGCUCGGCGCGUCCCACGGCACCUGCUCGCCCCGUCCAUCACGGGAGCCCCGCUCACAAAGAGGCGCGGCGCUAAUUGAUCAUUAACCACUGAAGGGCACCGCUCGGUGAGGCAUCACCGGGACAGGGAGCGUUCCGGUCAACCCAGGAACUCGGGGCAGAAGAGGUGGCCCAGUGUCCCGUGGCUCCCCGUGGUCACCUCAUCCACGGCGACCCUCCCAAGCGCAGCGGGCCGCUGGCUAUGGCGAAGGUGCCGAUGGUGGUGGUGGUGGUGAUGGCAGUGAUAGCGGUGGUCGAGGAGCUCGUGCAGCUGAGCCGAGCCCAGCAGCUGCCUCUGCCCGACGAGGAGUUUGGCCGGAACGAGAGCGGGGCGAGGAGCUUCGUGGAGGCGCACAGCGCGGCGGCCGAGCUGGUGCUGGAGCGAGGAGUCCUUGCCGCCUGGGGUCACAGCACCAACAUGACCGCCGUCAACCUGGAGCGACUGGUGGAGGCCAGGCUGAAGAUGCAGGAGUUCACCGAAGCUUGGGGCGAGAAGACCAAGUACCUGUACGACGACAUCAGGGACGGCUUCCCCGAUGACCUCAGGCGCUUACUCAGGGAGAUGAGGAUCAUGGGCAGCGCCAACCUCCACCCCGCGGCCAGAGAGGAGCUGAACCGGGUCAUUCUGCAGAUGCAGACGACGUACAGCACAGGGGCAGUGUGCAAACCGGGCCACAGCUCAGGGCCUGACUGCUUCCCCUUGGAGCCAGAACUAGACCACAUCAUGGCCACGUCCCGAAGCUACACACAGCUGCUCUACUACUGGGAGGGGUGGCGCACCGACGUGGGACGCCCCCUCCGUGCUCCGUACGCGCACUUCGUCCAGCUCAGCAACGAGGCGUCGCGCGCCGACGGCUUCGCGGACACGGGCGAGUUCUGGCGCUCCGUCUACGAGACGGAGACGUUCCGGGCGGACCUGGAGCGCCUCUACGACGAGCUGCGGCCCCUCUACCUGCACAUGCACGCCUACGUGCGGCGCAGGCUGCACCGGCGCUACGGGGAGCGGCUCGUCAAUCUGCGCGGCCCCAUUCCCGCGCACCUGCUCGGUGACAUGUGGGCCCAGCAGUGGCAGGGCAUUUACGACUUGGUGGUGCCCUACCCCGGCAAGACCAGCGUGGACGUCACCAGCGCCAUGGUGGAGCAGGGGUGGAACACCACACACAUGUUCCGCGUCUCGGAGGAGUUCUUCACCUCGCUGGGCCUCAUGGAGAUGCCCCCGGAGUUCUGGAACGGCUCCAUGCUGGAGAAGCCCGCGGACGGGCGCGAGGUCGUGUGCCACGCCUCCGCCUGGGACUUCUACAACCGCAAGGACUUCAGGAUCAAGCAGUGCACGUCGGUGACGAUGACCGACCUGGUGAGGGCGCACCACGAGAUGGGUCACGUGCAGUACUUCCUGCAGUACAAGGAGCAGCCCGUGCCGUUCCGGCGCGGAGCCAACCCGGGCUUCCACGAGGCCAUCGGCGACGUCAUGGCGCUGUCCGUGGCCACGCCGCGUCACCUGAAGAAGAUCGGGCUGCUGGAGCCCAGCUACGUCGAGGAUCCAGAGAGCGACAUCAACUUCCUGCUGUGGAUGGCGCUGGGGAAGAUCGCCUUCCUCCCGUUCGGGUUCCUCGUCGACCAGUGGCGCUGGGAUGUGUUCAGUGGGCACACCCCUCCCGGGCGAUACAACCACGACUGGUGGCACCUCAGGACCAAGUACCAGGGGAUUUGCCCCGGGGUCCCCAGGACCGAGGAGGACUUCGAUGCCGGCGCCAAAUACCACGUCGCGGCAAAUUCUCCCUACAUCAGGUACUUCGUGAGCUUCAUCCUCCAGUUCCAGCUGCACAAGGCGCUGUGCACGGCCGCGGGGCACGCGGGGUCCCUGCACACGUGCGACAUCCACGGCUCCGUGGAGGCCGGCAGCCUGCUCGCGCGAGCCCUGCAGGCGGGCUCCAGCCGCCCGUGGCCCGAGGUGCUGCGCGAGGCGACCGGCGCCGAGGCCUUGAGUGCUCUGCCGCUCGUCGAGUACUUCCAGCCGGUGGUGGAGUGGCUCCGGGAGGAGAACGCUCGCAACGGGGAGGUGCUCGGUUGGCCCGACUACGACUGGAGACCCCCCGUGCCGGACGACUACCCCGGGAGCCUGGACAAGAACGUGGACGAGCGUCAGGCGGCAGCGCUGCUCGAGGAGUUCAGCGUGACCGCCGAGAAACAGUGGAACGCAUUCUCCGAGGCCUCAUGGGCUCUCAACACCAACAUCACGAAGGAGAACGAGCAGCUCGUGCAACUGGCCAGCCUGCAGGUGGCCAACCACUCGGUGGAGUUCGGACUCAGGGCCAAGGGCUUCGACUGGCGCAACUUCCGGGACGAGGGCAUCAAGCGGCAACUCAAGAGGAUCGGUCAAAUCGGCGUGGCCGCCCUGCCCGUUGACAAACUCGACGAGUACAAUGAGAUCACGACGAGGAUGGCGAUGACGUACAGCGUUGCAGAAGUUUGCCGGGAAGAGAAGUGCCAUCCCUUGGACCCAGACAUCACGUUCACCAUGGCCAAGUCGCAGGACCACGAGGAGCUCCUCUGGUACUGGGAGGGAUGGCGAAACGCUUCCGGGCGCAAGAUGAGGAGCGACUUCACGCGCUACGUGGAGCUGAGCAACGAGGCCGCCCGGCUCAACGGUUACCGUGACGGCGGCGAGAUGUGGCGCUCCGUCUACGAGACGGAGACGUUCGAGGCCGACCUGGAGCGCCUCUACGACGAGCUGCGGCCCCUCUACCUGCACAUGCACGCCUACGUGCGGCGCAGGCUGCACCGGCGCUACGGGGAGCGGCUCGUCAAUCUGCGCGGCCCCAUUCCCGCGCACCUGCUCGGUAACGUGUGGGCUCAGAGCUGGAGCAACGUGUACCACGUCGUCACACCGUACCCAGACGCGCCGGCCGUGGACGCCACGCCAGCCAUGCAGAGCAAGAAUUGGACGCCCCUGCGGAUGUUCCAGGAGUCGGACCACUUCUUCCGAUCCCUGGGGAUGAUCCCAAUGCCCCCGGAGUUCUGGAAAAAGUCGAUGCUGGAGAAGCCCGCGGACGGGCGCAAGGUGGUGUGCCACGCCUCCGCCUGGAACUUCCACAACCGCAAGGACUUCAGGAUCAAGCAGUGCACGGUGCAGACGAUGGACGACCUGGUGACGGCGCACCACGAGAUGGGCCACGUGCAGUACUUCCUGCAGUACAAGGAGCAGCCCGUGCCGUUCCGCGACGGAGCCAACCCGGGCUUCCACGAGGCCAUCGGCGACGUCAUGGCGCUGUCCGUGGCCACGCCGCGUCACCUUCAGAAGAUCGGGCUGCUGGAGCGGGCCGAAGAGAGUUACGAGAGCGACAUCAACUUCCUGAUGAGCAUGGCCCUGGACAAGGUGGCCUUCCUGCCGUUCGGAUUCCUCAUCGACCAGUGGCGCUGGAAGGUGUUCGACGGACGCGUCUCGUCCGAGCAGUACAACCAGGCGUGGUGGGAGCACAGACUGAAGCUGCAGGGCGUGUGUCCACCUGUGCCCCGCACGGAAGCCGACUUUGACCCUGGGGCCAAGUUUCACGUGCCAUCUUGCGUGCCCUACAUCAGGUACUUCGUGAGCUACAUCCUCCAGUUCCAGAUCCACGAGGCGCUGUGCCUCCGAGCGGGGCACACGGGGCCCCUACACACGUGCGACAUCUACGGCUCUACGGAGGCCGGCAGCCUGCUCGCCGAGGCGAUGCGGCUGGGCGCGAGCCGCCCCUGGCAGGACGCCCUGGAGGUGCUCACGGGGAACCGCUCCAUGUCCGCGGCCGCCCUCCUGCGCUACUUCGAGCCGCUGCUGCUGUGGCUGCGUCGCCGCAACGGGGAGCACGGGGACGUCGUGGGCUGGCCCAGCUACGACUGGCGGCCGUACGGCGGCUACGGCGCGGCGCCCAUCUCCACCUUCCUGGGGAUGGAGGUGAGCGGGCGGGCGGCCGCGGCGGCGGCGCAGUGGCUGCUGCUUCUGCUCGCGGCAGUGGCGGUGCUCGUCGCCGUCAGCGCCGUCGCCGUCCGCCGCGGGAAGAAUCGCUCGCAGGCCUCCCAGCCAGGGAACGCUUCGUGACGUCGCCGAGACGACGCCGCCGCCGCCGCCGCCCGGGCACGGCAGCGCCGGUCGCCGCCACCGCCGCCGCCUUCGCCACCGCUGGCGACACGCGGCUUGGGAGAUCGGCGUCGAGGCAUGGCGCUCGUUUCGCAUCAACGCACCCCGUCCACCCGCCCGACCUCACGCACCAGGGAGGCAAGCGCCACGGCCCCUCAUGGUUUUUGCACGCUACUCGGCGGAAUUAAAGGCGUCCGCCAAAAGAAAGUUUCGAGGGGGGGGGGGCGGUUUCUGAUGAGGCGCGUCCACGAGACCGCCGCUUGGGAGGCGUCAGCCGAGUGGCUCCCUUGGAAGCGGCCCGUGACCGCGAUGAGCGGGAGCUCCCCUGCACGUACGUUGAACUUUCAUUUGCACCGUAGCUGGCCAACCGUGAUAAUCGGAAGGGCGCUCCACCAAGGCGGGCUUGGUCGCUCCGGGCUGGCGAGGUUACCAAGCAUAUCCACGACGCAUGCCGUGCACAAUUUCGCCCCCACCUUCCCGUAUUCCAUCAGGCCAUUUGGCAUCAGCAGGGCCGUAUUAUCCAAUAGGCGCAGUAGGCACCACGUAGGCACUGUGCCUAGGGCCUAUGAAAACUAAAGGGCCUACGUAAAAAAAAA